AUGGCGGCGCCGCAGCGUCCCAGGCCGCGCCAUCGGCCGCAGCUCGCGCGCAUCAACGCGAUGAAACACUCCUCGUACCCGGCCGAGGACGACGGCGCCGACGAUCUCGCGCCGGUCGACCUCGGCCCGGAGUUCGCGUCGCAGACCAGCUUCCGCAUCCGCCGCGGGGGCGCGGAGGUCGCCGACCUCUUCCGGAAGCUCGGCCUCAAGGGCCCCGAGGACUUCACCAUCUCGCCGGCCGUCUACGCCGCCACCAUGGCGCACAUCCCCAACUCUUCCCGCAGCCGCCGCCAGUCGCUUGAGGCGCCGCAGCUGCUGCCGGGUGCGGGCGCCGAGGGGAUGGCACCAGCACCACAGGGGCCUCCAGAUGUUUCUGGACGGGACGCCGCGGUCGCAGCGAGACUGGAUGCAGCCGUCGAGGGUGAGCAAGCUGCGUUGGCCGCCAAAGUAGUCCAACCGGAGGCUGCUGAAGUUUCUGCACGAUCGUACAAGGGGUCUGGAACCGAAUCGAGCAACAGAGCUGUCCAAUCGGAGACAGGGGAAUCUUCCAUACGAGCGAUUGCCGCUGUGGUGAAGGAGAGGACUGCAGACGGAGUGAAGGGAAAGGGCGAUGUGGUCAAGGUGGAUCAGCUACGAGUGGAGAGAACAAAAGCGGUAGUUGUCGAGGCGCCAAGAGAGACUACCGCUGCCGUGGUUCAAGCCUUAGCUGAGUCCCCUUCUCGGAGCACAGAGUAUUUGAUCUCGCCGUCGCCAAACAGGCGGUUUAAGAGAACUAUCACGUCUUGGCAAAAGGGACAUCAUCUCGGCAGUGGAUCUUUUGGUUCAGUGUCCGAGGCGAUUAGCGAUGAUGGCUUUUUCUUUGCUGUCAAGGAAGUAUCAUUAAUGGACCAAGGACUCAAUGCAAAACAAUGCAUUCUUCAGCUUGAACAUGAGAUAUCUCUCUUGAGUCGUUUGGAGCAUGAAAAUAUAGUUCAGUAUUUUGGAACAGAUAAGGAAGGUGGGAAACUAUAUAUUUUUCUUGAACUUGUUACUCAAGGAUCUUUGGCAGCUUUAUAUAAAAAAUACCGUUUGCAAGAUUCACAAGUCUCAGCAUAUACAAGGCAGAUUCUGAAUGGUUUGCACUAUCUACAUCAGCGGAAUGUUCUGCAUAGAGAUAUAAAAUGUGCCAAUAUCCUAGUUGAUGCAAGCGGAUUGGUCAAAUUGGCAGAUUUUGGACUUGCAAAGGAGAUGUCAAUUUUGAACCAAGCAAAAUCUAGCAAGGGAACUGUCUACUGGAUGGCCCCUGAGGUUGCUAAGGCUAAGCCACAUGGACCUCCAGCAGACAUAUGGAGUCUUGGCUGCACAGUUUUGGAGAUGCUGACAGGCAAAGUGCCAUACCCUGAUAUGGAAUGGACACAUGCUUUGCUUAAAAUUGGUAGGGGAAUACCACCAGAAAUUCCUAAUACAUUAUCAGAAGAUGCGCGUGAUUUCAUAAAGAAGUGUGUCCAAGCAAAUCCAAAUGACCGGCCAUCUGCUGCUCAGCUAUUUGAGCACCCAUUUGUGCAGAGAUCGCUGCAACAAUAUGGCGCCUGA